ACUUUACUGAACAGACUUUUAUUGUGAAACGAAGUGGUUGAACGUCCGGGUCGCUGGUUAACGAACAGUCACUGCCAUUACCUGCCGCUCGUAGCCGUGUGAGAGAAAGGCCAAUCAAAAUGCAAACAUCUCUCGUAAACCUCGCUUUAUUUUCAUCCCUGCAGCUCUUGUUGUCCCUGACGUGCUUUCAGGACGUCGUCGAGGCAGCCAGCGCCAAAGGGUUUGGAGACAACAUCCACUGGAGGACACUGGAUGAUGGCAAGAAAGAAGCUGAGGCCAGCGGGCUGCCGAUCAUGGUCAUCAUCCACAAGAGCUGGUGUGGAGCCUGCAAAGCGCUGAAGCCCAAAUUUGCUGAGUCCAAGGAAAUCUCUGAAAUUGCACACAACUUUGUUAUGGUCAACCUGGAGGAUGAGGAGGAGCCAAAGGACGAAGCCUUCAGCCCCGACGGUGGAUACAUUCCUCGGAUUCUUUUCCUGGAUCCUAGCGGCAAAGUCCAUCCUGAAAUCACUAACAAGAAUGGGAACCCAAACUACAAGUACUUCUACAGCAACGCAGAACAAGUCGUGUCCGGUAUGAAGGAGGCGCAGGAGAAGCUGACGGGCGACGCCUUCAAGCACGGUCACACUGGAGAUGAGCUGUGAGGGGGGGCAGAGAUGGGCAUCAGACUGUAAGGGCUACAUUUCCUCUACCUGAGCUACAAAGCGCCCUGUAAUACACCCCCAAACAACCCCUUCCACUAUUUAUACUCAUACUUUAGACAGUGGGGUCCAUCUCACUGACAAAGUAAGCCAACCAUGAAAAGGCAUCGGUGCUUGAGUAUUUCUUUUUGUCUCGUAUGUCUUUUGUUUUUUUUUCCAACAUAACCACUAAUUUUCCUGUCAUCGUCUUUGUUUUAAACCAUGUAUAUUUGUAAUCUACUGUUGUUAAUGAAAUGCCAUAUACUGUACGUUCUGUCUGUAAAAGAUAAAAACACCUCAAGCUAGCCAAGUUAACUGCAGUGUUUCAUCUGUUGUUGGAUGGAAAAACUUCACAUUGUCAAUACGCCAAGCAUUUUACCACCCAAGUAAAAUGCUUUGUCACUUGACAGUCUCCUUUUUUGGUUCCGAUAGGUUUCCCAAACGCAUUGUAGAAUAUGAAAUCCCUUAAGUUGAACCAGUAGUGUUUGAAUGUUUUUAACCCAACAGCAAUGAUACUGUACUUCAGAUUAGUCAAGAUAAAUAUUUUAACACCUACAGUGAUGUGCUUCCAAAGAUCCUCUUCAGUAUGUUAAAUAUAUCCGUGACAAUAUUCAUCCUGCACUGUUAGAUUAGCUCUGUACUUCUGAUUUCUGUUAUCCAGUCUUUAAAAUAAUUUUCAAUGAAUCCUGCCAAUGUAUCUGUACUUAUUUAGCUAUAUCUGCAUACCUGUUGUUGUUUUUUUUUCCUGUUCCAAGUUUGUUUCGGUGCUUGUGAAGUGACACCACUGGGGUUUUUUUUUUUU